GGGGGCCGCAGCGGGCGGCGGGGGGGACUAAGAUGAGGAGGGUGCCCUGAGCCCGGCAACUUCGGCCCCUCCCCGCCCCCACCCGGCUGCCCUCGGCGCGUCCCUCUCCAUGUGCAGCCGGCCGGCCAGGCGCUCCGGCUGGCGGCGGAUGGGUGACCUCUUCCUGGCCCGGGCGGGCUGUGCGAGGCGGCGGAGCCGGCGAUGAAGAAGCAGCAGCAGCCGCAGCCGCAGCAGCAUCCCAGCGGCGGCGAGGAUGCCUGGCCCCAUGGGGCCCCUGUGGGGGGCGCCCCUCCGUGCCUGGGUGGCUGCAAGCGCCGGAUCCCGCUGCUGCCUUUCCUUCGCUUCUCCCUCCGGGACUACGGCUUCUGCAUGGCCACCCUGCUGGUCUUCUGCCUGGGCUCCCUCUUCUACCAGCUCAGCGGAGGACCCCCUCGCUUCCUGCUCGACCUGCGACAGUAUUUGGGAAAUUCCACUUACUUGGAUGACCAUGGACCACCUCCUAGUAAGGUCCUUCCUUUCCCCAGCCAGGUGGUGUACAACAGGGUUGGCAAGUGUGGCAGUCGCACCGUGGUCUUGCUGCUGAGAAUCCUGUCAGAGAAACACGGGUUCAAUUUGGUCACGUCAGACAUUCACAACAAAACCAGGCUUACUAAAAAUGAGCAAAUGGAACUGAUUAAGAAUAUCAGCACCGCCGAACAGCCCUAUUUAUUCACGAGACAUGUUCACUUCCUCAACUUCUCAAGGUUUGGAGGAGACCAGCCCGUCUACAUCAACAUCAUUAGAGACCCUGUCAGUAGGUUUCUAUCUAACUACUUUUUCCGUCGCUUCGGAGACUGGAGAGGGGAACAGAAUCACAUGAUCCGCACCCCCAGCAUGCGGCAGGAGGAACGCUACCUGGACAUCAAUGAGUGCAUUCUGGAAAACUACCCUGAGUGUUCCAACCCCAGGUUAUUUUACAUCAUCCCGUAUUUCUGUGGACAGCACCCCAGAUGUAGGGAGCCUGGCGAGUGGGCCCUGGAGCGUGCCAAACUGAACGUGAACGAAAACUUCCUGCUCGUGGGGAUUCUGGAGGAGUUGGAGGAUGUGCUGCUUUUACUGGAAAGAUUUUUACCUCAUUACUUCAAGGGCGUGCUCAGCAUCUACAAGGACCCAGAGCAUAGGAAGCUUGGCAACAUGACUGUGACCGUGAGGAAAACUGUCCCCUCUCCCGAAGCCGUGCAGAUUCUCUACCAGCGAAUGCGAUACGAGUACGAGUUUUACCAGUAUGUCAAAGAGCAGUUCCACCUGUUGAAGCGCAAGCUCGGGCUCAAGUCUCGCUCGAGCAAGCCUCCUCUGCGACCACAGUUCUUCAUCCCCACCCCUCUGGAGACCGACGAGCCUAUCGACGACGAGGAACAAGAUGAUGAAAAGUGGCUAGAAGAUAUUUAUAAGAGGUGAUACCAGCGCGACAUAGCCACCGUGGCUGUAUCCCCCCUCCCCCUUUCCAGAAAGUUCUUUGGGGAAGAAAAUUUGUGAAGGGACUUUUGUUAAUGCCCCGGUGCAUUAAAAAAGAACAAAACAUUCCCACAUGUUGGGGUCAUUGGGAGAUGCCCGGUUUUGCGGGUUUUAUUUCUUUAAUGUUAUUCUGUUUUUUUUUUUCUUUUUUCUUGCCUCCUUGAGUCUUU